GAGGCAAAAAAAGAAAAGACAGAAACCAGGAAGUUGGAGCCAGCAGGAGCCGCAACUUCCUCGGUGGAGUAUGAAGUUUUGAGUUUAUGUCUUUUAAACGUUUUUAAAUCAAAACGUCGGCUCCAAAGCCAGUUUAUCCACCGGUUAAAGGUCGGACUACUUCGUUUGCACCAAGAUGGACAUUGAUCCCGAGCGGGGAGGAGUGGAGGAAGCACCGGAGGAGAAGGAUAAGGUGCAGAACUUGAGAGAUCAGGUCGAUGGAGUGAAAGACAUCAUGACGCAGAAUGUGGACCGGAUCCUGGCCCGAGGAGAGCGGCUGGACGACCUCAUGGGCAAGUCAGAGGAUCUGCAAGCAGGGGCUCAGCACUUCAAGCAGACGUCUCAGAAAGUGGCCCGCUCCUACUGGUGGAAGAACGUCAAGAUGAUCGUGGUCAUCGUGGUGGUGGUCGUCAUCAUCAUUCUCAUCAUCGUCCUGCUGGCCACCGGAGUCAUUCCCGUCAGUUCCCCAGUGCCUGCAAUCACUCCCACAAAAACACCCUAGACACGCAAGAACAAAUGAUGUACAAAGGGCCGCAAUGAAAUCAUAAACAAACACUUCCUGAUUGUACAGUUAACAAAAUAAUAUAUAGUCUCUAGCAAAUUACUGUUUUCUGGUAAAAUGUUUAAUACUCCUUUUGUUUCCUCUGGUUGCUUUCAUGCUUUGAUUAAGGCACUUUAAUGAGAAAUGUUAUUGUGAAACCCUUUUAGACACAAUUGAAAGCGGAGUCAUUUUUGAACAAGAUUCUCUGACUCCACUGUCCUAAAAGGAAACUGUCUACUCCUCCAUCAACUGCAUCAUUAAUACCUCUGAAAUGCAGUCCUUCCAUGUUCGACCAUGAAAAACAUUAAUGCGAACUCCUCCAGUGUUUUUUGUAUACACCUUAUGUGGAAUGUCGUCAGUAAUGUUCAACUUUAUAAAGACCUGCGUGUAAAAUUUACACACAAGGGUUAAAUGUUACUAUUUGUUAGCCCGUUUUAUUGAAAUACUUCUGGUCUCUUUACAUUCAGAUUGGCCAGAGAAUAACAGUUAAUUGAAUGUGCACACAUAGUAGAUGCAGAGUCAGCUCGGGAGCAUAUGUUACUUAUCUGAGGGAAGUGGCGUUUAAGAGGCUGAAGUGUCAGCAGAGAGCGUCGCGUGAACCCAGAGAUGUCUGUUAUCUGGGUUGUGAAAUGUAACCGACACCAAGUACACUUAGAGAACUAUUCAGUUGUUUGGCUGUGAAGUGCGAGGGCCUGUGCACGCAUUUCCUCACCACACUUUUUUCUUUUUUAUACAAACCCACACACGCUCAUUAGAAGCCUAGCACUUGGAGGCCAAAACAGAGUUCUCAUACUGUGGCUGUAAGGAGACUGUUGGAGCUUCCCUUCACGGCGCCCCCUGCUGGCAGCCCGGCAACCAGUCCCCACCUGGAACUUCAGUUAUAGUUCGGAAAAAUGUUUCUGUUUUCUUCUUUUUCUUAUUAAAUUUGGAGAGAUGUUUAGUCCCACCUCUUCCUUCUGUUACAGCACCAGUUUGGCUGAAGAAAGGGCUUCAAAUGAUGAACUGUAUAUAGUCAAAGUAUUCUCACCCAUCUGUAUAUUUGCUUCAGCCAUCAACGACUUUCGGUGAAAGCGUCUGUUAAUUCGAGACAGUUGAUACUUUAUUUGAGAAUAUUAAUUUGAUGAAUUGGAUAUAAUUUCUGUAUAAGUGGAUUAUCCAGACAAAGUAAUGAUAAAAUGAUCGCGCUGCACUUUCUGUGCUGGUCGAUGUCUCUGUUUUGAAAAUGAGUCUGUCAGAACAAACUCUCCAUCAUGUAUGAGUUUGUAUUUAGUUUCUCUUCUGUCUCUGGUGGUUCUGGGGUGCAGCAGUGUCUUAACAGCUGUAGGAUGGCUCGGUACCUGCAGGCUGCCGUGUUUGUCACUUUGUAAAAGGCUUGUCCUCCAGAAUCACCUCCCACUAAAUGAAAUACCAGAUGGCUGUACAUCCAUUCUGCAAUGGAACGGUUUCAUUUGCAGGUUCAUCAAGGGUUUGUGGUAUUUAAUGGAUUUUAAGGUCUGGUGAAGUAAAUAUGUAAUAAAUAGUAUUUAUGACAGCUCA